AUGGCGCCGGAGCCCGAGGAUCAGAUGAACGACGAGAAGAAUCCUAAGCCUCUCGAUGAAGACGACAUUGCUCUCCUCAAGACUUAUGGCCUGGGACCUUAUUCUACAAGUAUAAAGAAAGCUGAGAAGGAAAUUAAGGAAAUGGCAAAGAAGAUUAAUGACCUAUGUGACUCCCCCGGCUUCCGUGGUAGGUGGUUGGCCUCCGAUGACCGGGUACUACAACAUGUACCCGUUGCAGCAGAUGAUGCCACCGAUGGCCGCCGGGUGAAGUGUGCCGGCUUGGCAGGGGGUACCGCCGAUGCAACCCCCUAUGCAGAUGAUGCCGGGGUGGGCACCUGGGAUGCAGCCACCGGCGCAGCAGAUGAUGCAACCGCCGCAGGGGACGCCUGGUUUGGAAAACGUCUAUCGGCCGUCUUUUGAUUUUUUCACCGGUUCUUCGCACACAUCGACC